CUCUGGUGGGCGGGGUGUAUUUUGAAUGAUCAUAUUGAUGCAGCGGCUGCUAUCUACACAUAAAAGGAAGUGGAGGCGUGAAUAUGCACUUUUAUCUUCGUAUGCUUUCAGCAUCUACAGUAGAUUCGCUUUAAGUUUUACCCAUAACACAUUAGAGCGCCUCCCUGUGGAGAAAGAGAAUUAAUUUUGUACGGACAAAGUCCGUUAAACGUCGUCGCUAGCAGUUUUCGCAGUGACUUUCGACAACACUAUAGCAAGUUGACCGGAAAUAAGCUCCUGAAAACAGACAGUAUGGUGCCCACCAGAGAAGGGGAGAGCACAUUUUAUGGCCACAUGAGACUGGCUUGUGGCGUACUGGUCCACGUCGUGUGUACAGUGUUUACAGUGUGCAUUGCGGUUUUGGCCAGACCCGGUGCCAGUGUGUUUUCCUGGCAUCCAUUCUUGAUGUCACUGGCUUUCUCAUUCUUCAUGACAGAGGCUGUGCUUCUCUUCUCCCCUGACUGCUCACUGGUUGGGAAGCUACCACACAAAACCAAAGGCCGCUACCACUGGAUCCUGCAAACCCUUGCAGCCAUCUGUGCAGUUCUGGGGUUAUCUGCCAUUUUCUAUAACAAGCACCUGAAUAGCAAGUCGCAUUUUUCCACCUGGCAUGGCUUGCUUGGCUUGGUUGCAGUAUGUUAUGCAGUGAUUCAGUCAGUGGGUGGUGUCUCUUUGAUGUACCAUAAGCUGAUAAAGGGACUGUCUUUAGCUAAGCUGAAGCGCUACCAUGCCGCGUCGGGGCUGGUGCUUUACCUGCUAGGGAGUAGCAGCCUUCUGUUGGGCAUGUGCUCCCUUUGGUUCACUACGUCAGUGCGGAGCUUGGUUUGGUACUUUUUGGCCUUUUGUCCCAUCCUUAGCAGUCUGGUCAUCAUGAGCCAGGUGACUAAUUCCUACAUAGGCAAGAAACAAUUCCAGCCUUAACAUAUUUGAAGUAUUAUUACUGUAAUUUAUAUCCAUAAUGAUUCCAAUAACCCUUUUGGAGUGAAGUUGUUUUCUAUUUUAAACAAUUGGCUUAAUCAAUUUGAAGUGACAUAAAAAAUACCAUUCAUGGCAAAUAAUAAUGUUCUCCUGCAGAAUGACAUAAAAUGAUGCUUGUUUUUCUAUUUCUAUCACAUGCUUUAUGUAUGACAGAGUGAUGUCUGUAUAAUGUCUGUGUUGUGGAUGUACUUACUUAAAAUCUUGAAGAAAUUAUUUUUGCAUUUCUAAAUUUAACUGUAGUUGUAAGAGUGAAAAUCAAGAAUGUUUUGAUAACGUCUAAUUAUCCUCACAUUCUGAAAAACCUAAUUAUUAAAUAUAUGAGGAAUGACUUAAUAUUGGCUUACGGUUUAUGAAUUGUAUUUCAAUUUAGAUAUUUUUUUUUGUAUUUUUGUAUGAACAGGAUUGUAUGAUUAAAACAUUUAUGUAUAAUUUUCUAAAAUGUUAUAUGUAAUUUAUAAUACUUAUUUUUACAUCUAAGAAUACCUCAUGACAUUGGGUUGGUAUUUCUAAAUUUAAAAAUAUAUAUAUUUUUUUCAUUCCAUAUGGCCUACAUUGUAUAUGAUGCCACUACGUAAAUUAAGAUGGAUGGAUGUUUCAGAAACUAAGAUCUAAAGAACAGCACAGUGACUAAUGCAUGGAGGAGACAUGCAAAGAGUUUCAGGAGUAUAGAAGCUACUUCCUGUCACAGCAUGCAGCACAUUCUGUGGUUGAACACAUCAGCUUCCUGCCAAUUCUGAAGAGAGAUACAGCAGAAUGAUCGCUAUGCAAGUGUCUCAGAGAUUGAAGCUGAAAUGUUCUUAAGGACAUCUUUCUAUUGCAUUGUUUACUUCUGUGGUAUUAUUUUGCCCAAGCUAAAGUCCACUGACAUACAACAAAAUGAAAAUUGUAUUGCUGUGUCUUUUAGGAUUAUCAUAUAAACCUUUUGUUUAAUAACUAGGAGUAUUUCACCAUUCAAUUUCUACCUAAUUAUAAUGAAUACAUGGGAAUUGGCAUGUAAACAGUAAAAUCCAGGUCAGUAGAAAAACAGGAUUUUAUUCUUUGCUCGUAAUAGAGGAUGCUCUCCAAAAGCUGACUAAAAUUAUGACAGGCAGAAGUUACAAGUUGUGUGUUACAAGUUUUGUUUGUGUUACACUGACAUCUGGUGGUUUUUCAGUGGUAUUGCUCUGAAUAUU